AUGGAAUGGUCAAAAUGGAGUGGUCAAAAUGGAGUGGUCAAAAUGGAAUGGUCAAAAUGGAGUGGUCAAAAUGGAGUGGUCAAAAUGGAGUGGUCAAAAUGGAAUGGUCAAAAUAGAGUGGUCAAAAUGGAGUGGUCAAAAUGGAGUGGUCAAAAUGGAGUGGUCAAAAUGGAGUGGUCAAAAUGGAGUGGUCAGAGUGGACUGAUCAAAGUGGACUAA